ACGCGAAGUACUCGCAAAAUACAUUUGCUUCCUGUCGACUAUAUAUAGUCUCUAUUGUCGCCCUUCCCUGAAACCCUAGCGUUCUUUUGGAGCUCCGCCGAUACAGAUCUAGGGUUUUGCCGCUUCGCUGUCGAUUCAAGCCAUGGCGGAUGUCGAGACGGAGGUUGCCGGACAGCCGAAGAGGAGGACGUUCAAGAAGUUCAGUUUCAGGGGAGUUGAUCUGGAUGCCCUCCUUGACAUGCCCACCGAGGAGCUCGUCAAACUCUUCCAUGCCCGGGCUCGUAGACGGUUCCAGAGAGGUUUGAAGAGGAAGCCGAUGGCAUUGAUCAAGAAACUGCGCAAAGCGAAACGUGAAGCCCCACCCGGUGAAAAGCCAGAACCAGUCAGGACACACCUCCGCAACAUGAUCAUUGUGCCUGAGAUGAUCGGAAGUAUCAUCGGGGUUUACAAUGGCAAGACUUUUAACCAAGUUGAGAUCAAGCCGGAGAUGAUUGGUCAUUACCUUGCAGAGUUCUCCAUCAGCUACAAGCCUGUCAAGCACGGAAGGCCAGGUAUCGGUGCCACCCACUCGUCCAGGUUCAUUCCUCUCAAGUGAAAAUGCUUUUCGAGUAGUUAUGCUUUGUUCCAAAAAACUCCAAGGAUGCUCUGUAUUUUUUUUUAAUUUCUAGUUUACAAAUUUUGAUUGCACCAUUAACUACCUAGAUACGUGGUGACGCACGGUUUGUUGCAAUGGCUGUGGCUAAUUGGCCGAACAGUUUUUUUAUGCUCCUUUAUGCGAUUUCGUGUUGAUUA